UAUAUAGUUCUGAUAAAAUAUGUGUAUUGCAGGUAUAGAUGAUCCACAGUGCAGCAAACCACAGUUAGAAGACAAUGAAGACUGUUAUCCAGUUGAGAUGAUUGAAGAAGAAAAUGAGGCUGCAACUUCAACUUGGGCUGACUGGACACCAGCCAAGUUGAAUUCCAAGAAGAGCAAAGAAUUGCAGGUCUCAAAGAACGAUAAAGACGAAGAUUCAUUGUCAUUGGAAGAUGUAGAAAGAAUUCUUGUACAAUCUUCUAAGGAAAACUGUAAUCCAGUAAGAACAAAUAGUUCACCAAAUCAAAGUUUAAAACGUAAAAAAUCAAAACAACUUCAAAUAAAUGCUAAUAAACGUAAUGAACGGUAUUAUGACCUUGCGCAAUCCAAGUUACAAUUAGUGGAAGUAAUGAAAGAAGAUCAUCAUAAAAAGACAUCAUUAGAAAUUGCAGUUCUAGAAAUGCAAUUAAAAAAAGAAAGCCUUAACGUUAAACUUCUUGAGAAACAGUUAAAUUCUUAUGAAAAGAAAUAA